AUGGCUACUCCGGCUACAAUAUCGGAGAAUGGAAUCAAAGCUUAUCAGGAAACCCUUGACAGUCGCAUUGUUAACUAUGCAUCAUAUGCCAAAACCACGGUGCUAGCGUACGAGAUCCUCAUCAAUCUCGGACGAGAAGUGGAUCUCGUCUGGAGUGCCAAUUUUCGAUGGUCGAAUGUCUGGGAGUUGUGCUACAAGACCAGCACUCCGCAGUAUGUCCAUUUUAUAAGCAUAUCAUACUGUGAUGCUCUGUAUCAAUUCUUUUGGUACACCUCUUUCAUCCCUACCCGUGCAGCAAUAACUGCGUCGUUUGCAUUACGGGUUUAUGCCAUCAUGGACGGAAGACUUUUCUUCGUGGUGAUCCUCACUGCAUUAGGUGUGGCCAUUGUUGGACUAGAUGUUUGGCAAGGCGUUCAGUCCUCGUGUUCUCAGUCUUCUGAUAAGCUGUAA